GCCUCUGCUUCUGUGGGCCACUUCGACAAGUUCAACGCCUUGGUCAACUAGUCGCAUAGCGGGAUAGGACCAUAGUAACAUCGUAUAACAGGGAAUUGUUUAGUUUGAAAACAGGUUCAUACCCACUUGAACUUAUUCAUCGUGGUUUUCCCUAGAUUAGUAUACAUAUCUAAAGUUAUAGAGAACGAACGGCCCUUCUUUUCCAGUCCUUGGUUUGGGAUCUUUCCUUCCUGAAAACCAUGAAUCGUCGUUACUCGUUUGAUUCUGACCCAGGCGAGAACGCCCCCCUCGACGAUCCUAAUGAUUCACACCUUCAUAACUCACAUUCCAAUCAACAACAUCACUAUUACUACAAUCAACAACAUCAACACUCUCCCUCCCGUAUUUCCCGUACCUCUUCACCAACGUCACAAGGUCGCUUCUAUCAAGACUAUCCCUCCUCCUCUGCCGACUUGGACUCUGAUCCAGCGCACCACACUUCUCCCUCGAGGGCACGAGCAUUAAAUCACCCUGGUGCCCACCCCGACUCUGCAUUUAAUAGGCUACGGGAGAGUAGAAGAUAUAGCCGACAAGCUGGAACUGGCGCUGGAGUGGGAGCAGCUGCAGGCGCCUUUGCUGGAGGAGUUUAUGGUACGACUGACCCGUCCUCAUCAGGACCAAUCCCGCCGCCUCAUCGACAGAAUAGCGUAACCACUUGGGCGCCCACUGUGCCCCAGACCAACGUCACUCCCGGUGCCGACAAUUUCAGUGAGACUGCCGCUGGUGGUAUGUCAGGACUUGCUAUUAGUGUUGCUGAAAGAAACGCCCGGGAAAGUGGAGUAGAAGCCAUGAGGCAAGCUCAGGCAUAUCAACAACCAUCUCAACCAUCACAGUACCCUGAUGCGCUUCAGCCGCCGGCACCACCACAACACCGUGCUUACGACGGACCUCAGGGCUACGGAUAUGAUCGGGGCUAUGACCCGCCCCCAGGUUACGGCGUUAACCCCCACGGACCACCUGCCCAAGGGUACAAUUCAUCUGCUAGCUUAGCUCCCAUGGGGGCUGCAGGCAUGUCUUCCUCUGGCCAAGGCACGCCUACGCGAAGUUUACACAGCCACGCUAGCGACCCGUUUCGAGAUCCCCAAGUGGCAUUUGGCCAACGGAUGGACCCCAAUUUUGGCCAAUUUAACCCAAAUGAUAUCGACGACGAUGGGGAUGACGGACUCGAAUAUGGGCGCUCCGCUCGGAAUAGCAUUCUGAGUAUAGGAGGGUCGAGUGGGGGUCGAGCUAGCAAUGGUGCCACGGCUGGCGCGGCAGGCGUCGCUGGGGCUGCGGCAGCCGGUGGAGUGAUGGGUGGAUUGAUGGGAAGAAACCGAACUAGUGCUAUCAACUACGACCCUGUGCAAAAUGCGAGCGCGACUGGCAAGAUUGGUGGUGGCGCAAAUGAUUACGAGAUGGGGCUCAAGGCAGAGAAACCUUCAGAGUGGUUGUCAAGUCAAAAAAGCAGCCGGAGAAAGUGGAAAUGGCUCAUCGGGAUCGUGGUCGGCCUUAUUAUCGCUGGUGCCAUUGCUGGCGGCGUUGUUGGGGGCAUUUUGGCCGCCAAGAACAAACAGAAUGGAACGAACGGUGGCCAAUCGGCCGACGAUGAUACAGCUAAGAACGGGGACCUCGACAUUAAUUCGAAUGAGAUCAAGGCGUUGAUGAAUAAUCCCAACCUACAUAAAGUAUUUCCAGGCGUCGACUACACGCCCAUCAACGUCCAGUAUCCGGACUGUAUUAAGAAUCCUCCUUCUCAGAACAAUGUCACCCGAGACAUCGCCGUUCUCUCACAGCUGACCAAUACAAUUCGUCUGUAUGGAACAGAUUGCAACCAGACAGAGAUGACGAUUCACGCUUUAAGGCAAUUGAAGCUUGAAGACCAGAUCAAGAUCUGGUUAGGUGUAUGGCAAGACGAAAACAACACCACGAACACACGUCAGCUCAGUAAGAUGUGGAAUAUCCUAGAUGAGUAUGGAGAUACCCAUUUCAAGGGCCUCAUCAUUGGUAAUGAGAUUCUAUUCCGGGAGCAGAUGACUGCUACAGAGCUUAGUAACCUACUGGAUACAGUGAGAACAAAUUUGACUAAGCACAGUUGGAACCUCCCUGUGGCGACGAGCGAUCUUGGCGACAACUGGGAUUCGCAGUUGGCUAGUAUGAGCGACUACAUCAUGGGCAAUAUCCAUCCCUUCUUCGCCGGUGUUAACGCCAAGGAGGCCGCCUCCUGGACGUGGCAGUUCUGGCAGAAUAAAGCAAAAGACUUUUUCAAGACGGAAACAGAAAAGAACGUCAUCUCCGAGAUUGGUUGGCCUACGAAGGGUGGCACAAAUUGUGGCACUGAUAGUGUCACCGACUGUCCCAAUGCGUCCGUGGCUGGUAUUGACGAGCUGAACACGCUCAUGGAGGACUGGGUCUGCCAAGCCCUCAACAAUGGAACGAACUACUUCUGGUUUGAGAUGUUUGACGAGCCCUGGAAAAUCAGUUUUGAUACUCCUGGCAAAGAGUGGGAGGAUCAGUGGGGCAUCAUGGAUGUCAAUAGGAACCUGAAGGAUGGCGUCAAAAUUCCCGACUGCGGAGGCAAGACGGUUUGAGCAAAAAGGAAAAAAAAAAAGUCGGACAGCUGAUUAGGCACUCUAAUUAUGUGCCAUGAGGGGCCGAGUCGGUUUUUCUGCCAUC